AGUGCCCCUGGGUUCAAUCCCUGGUACGAAAAAAGAGGGAAAAGGUUCAGAAAAAAAUAUUGUAGGGCCCCUCCGUAGUCUGAGAAGGGAGAAGAGGACACAUGGUCUUACAUUGGACAAAUGUCGCUGCAUUAGGGACAGAGACCUCUUUCAGACCCUGGGUUUUGGCAAGGUCCACAUUCAGUCAGUCCACAUUUGCACGGCUAUAGCAGUUGAGAAAAUCUUGGCAUAUUCCCUACCACCUGGCAAAUAGCUUCUGUUGUGGGUCUUCUCCCCACACCAAUGACACUAGCCUUUCUCCGGCAUCCCCAGAUUUCUCCACCAUCCAGCAAUUAAAGAAUUAAAACCUGGGGCACUGGAGUGAGUGGUCACUGGAGUCCUUUCUGAAUGGUCAGGGUCCCUGCUCUACUGGUGGGGAGCAGCCUUGAGCCCUAUCUCCCUCCCUGUCAGAGGCCAGGCCACGGCUCACUGGCUUCCCAUACCCUGAAGGUGGUCCAGCCAGACGUGGCCUCCACGGCUCCCACCAGCGGGAGAGGUGAGGGCUGCCAGGGCCAAGGUCUCCAUCUCUGGCCCCCAAACCUAUAAAUCCCUUCUAUCUUUAUCCCCAUGAGACCCUGAGCCCCGUCUCUGACCCUUUGUCCCUAGGCUGCCCCGGUCUGCACCUUUGACCCCAGCUCCAUGUCACACUGCCCACUUCUGAUCCCUGACCUCCUGGACUCCAUACGUCACGGGCUGGCCCUGCCACAGGCAAACGGAGCAGGCAAGACUCCUCUAGGGGUCCUCGGCACCCCACUUCUUCACCUGCAGAGGACGCGUGGUGUGUGGCAGGUCCCAGAGUUAGAGGCCAAUGAUGCGAAGGCCCUGGUGGAGCUGUGGCCACUAGGGAGUUUCCUGGUCACGGGACAUGACCCCAGCCAAGUCCUGGUGUUGAAGACAGGACCUUCACCAGGAGAAGUCAACACCUACAGGAUCCAGAAAUUGCCUGGAGGUGUGUCCCUGGAGACCUCCAACCUCUGCAUGCCAGAUCUGCCCCAUCUCCUGGCCUUCUUAUCAGCUAGCAGGGAUGUUUUGCCUAAAACACUGCUCCUGCCCUCUUCUACUCUGGUGCCCGGAGAGAAAUACAAAGAUUCUGUGCAGGUUGGCAGGGUACAAGGUGACCCUUCAGGGGGGGCGCUGUCUGUGGUGAACCAGCUCUACCUGGAGACGCACGGAAGCUGGGGAACAGAGCAGAACUCCCAAACGACGGAGCCAGAGACUGCCCAGAGGCAUGAUCCAGCCGCCAGGAACCCCGUCCAGCACCGGGUCUCCUGGGUGGAAGGGCCGCUCAGCCCAGAGGUGCGCCCUCCUGGGCCGGCUCUGGCCAGUCUGGUGGAGGAGAAAGAGGAGGAGGACGAAGACAACGACCCCUACAAGGAUGACGUGGAGGCCCCGGAGGAUGUGCUCACUGUCCACGUCCGAGCUCUGGCCAGGGCGCGGAGCAGCUACGUGGCCAGGCAGUACCGGGGCUUCCGGGCCCGCCUCACCUCGGAUUCCGUGGGUUCCCACAGGCCAGGAGACCCGGCCACCGAGCUGCUGCAGGAUGUGCGGCACCUCCUUACUGACCUCCAGGAUUACUUGUCAAAAGACCCCGAAGUCAGAGCUGUCUUUGGGAACAGGGGCCUGGGGGGCCCCCAGAAGGACGAGGAUCUCGGUCCCGCUGUGGAGACGGCCGUUUGCCGGGCGGUGCUGGAGCCCCUGAAGCCCGCACUGUGGACGCGACUCCGCACGCUCCGCGCCCAGGAACUGAGGCGACUGAGGCGGCGGCAAAUAGCCCUGCGGGUGGGGGCGGGGCCUCCAGGUGCUCAGGGGGCGGGACUUGAGGGUCCAAGCCCCGCCCCCGCCCUGCGGAGCCGCAUCCACGCGCGCCUAGAGCACCUGCACGCCGCGUGCGCGCCGCGCCGCAAGGUGGCGCUCCUGCUGGAGGUGUGCAGCGACGUGUACUCGGGCCUGGCGGGCGGCGACAACCAAGAACCCCUGGGGGCCGACGCCUUCCUGCCGGCCUUGACCGAGGAGCUGAUCUGGAGUCCGCACAUUGGGGAGACACAGCUGGACGUGGAGUUUCUAAUGGAGCUCUUGGAUCCCGACGAGCUACGGGGAGAGGCCGGGUACUACCUGACCACGUGGUUUGGGGCGCUGCACCACAUCGCCCACUACCAGCCUGACGCGGGCCGCGCACCCCAGGGGCUCAGCUCCGAGGCCCGUGACUCCCUUCGCCAGUGGCACCGCAGGCGCACGCUGCACGGACAGAACCCACUUGGAGCCCAGGCCAACCUGCCAUUUGAGGAGCCAUGGGCAGUCGCCACUGUGCCAGGGGCCACUGAUGAUUAGCCGUCUCAGACCCUCUUUGCUCCUCAAGCAAGAUACAAAGG